AUGAAUUUCUUAUGGUUGUUGGCCGUGGUAGUAGUAAUAGGAAUAGGAGUCAAUGGUGGAGUCGGCCAUGAAGACUGCAGAGAAACAAGAUGUCGCCCGGACGGCCCAGCCAUCCGAUUCCCAUUUCGACUUAAAGGUAGGCAGCCAAUCCAUUGCGGCUUCCGGGGCUUUGAUCUUUCUUGCACUGAAUACAACGAGACUAUGCUCGAGAUGGCAUCAUCAACUAAGCUCCUUGUUGAUGAUAUUAACUACAGAUCUCAUGCAAUUCGAGGAAGAGCUUAUGAUGGUUGCUUGCCAAGGGAGUUGUUUUACCGUAAUGGUUCUUAUCCCUUUCAAUUCAUAGGCCGCACACCCUUAUUCAGUUGUCCACCGUCAACCGUAAGAGAUAAAUAUGGUUGCGGAUAUGGUUGCCUGGUGAGAUUGAACCCUUGCCAUGGCAACAAUUCUGGUAACCAUAUUUACGCUGUCAUUGGUUAUUGUUCCAUUGAUUACCUGCCCCUAAUGUCUUGUAUCAAGUUGCAUGACUACACAUCAGAUCCUGCGUAUAUAUAUGAUGAGAUAGGAAUAUUGCAUUGGUCCAUUCCAUCAUGUGAACAUUGCAAAGCAGUGUCCAACUCGGCCGUCAGCUCAGCUCUUAUCCGAGAAGAACUGAGGGCCCAACAUUCUGCCUCGAACAAUGAGGCAAAAUACAAGGCAUUGCUCGCCGACCUGCGCUUGGCAAAGGAACUUGCAAUCAAGAAGCUAGCCAUCUACUCAGAUUCCCAGUUGAUCACGAAUCAAGCCUCAGGUGAAUACAUGGCAAAGCACUCAAGGAUAAUCUUGUACCUUGACAAAGUCCAAGAGCUAUUGAAGGCGUUUCCUACCUUCACCAUCCAACAAGUACCCUGGGCAGAGAACGCACAUGCAAACGCACUGGCCAGCCUAGGGUCAGUGCUGGAUACCCAGUGCAGAAAUAAUCUCUCACAAACCCUAGCCGCCACACUCUCUCUCCCUCUUACACAAGGCUUCAGCCACCCGGUUUACACCUUACACAUAUAUCUACGUACCCUAUUUAGCUAUUGUUUUCUAUAUGAAUCAAUUGGACUAACUUGGAGAGCCUUUGGCCAACACCCCCCGGGUGUGGUCCUCUUAUUUGAUCUAUCUUGCAGGGAGAAAGAGGCGGCGAAGAAGAAAAGGGAAUCUUUCAAUCAAAUAUUCUCGUGGGAAGAAAUCGCUCCCACAAGGGUCAUGGUAGAAUCUAUCUUCAAAGAAUUCUACAUCUCUAGACUCAACAAUGAUAUUUGA